AUGUCGAACGAAGAUGAUGAAUGCGACUCGUCGAGUUUAUUUGCCGUCGCAAGUCAAUCGGACGUUAGUUCGUUUUUGCAUUCACAAGCUGCCAAAAUAACACGUGUCACGUCGAGUAUCAGUGAUGAUGAAGAUAGUUCCAUGGAUGGUAGUCUUCUUGCACGUUUUACUCAAUUGCCACAAGAAAAGAAGCCCAUCAUUUCCAAUCCGAAUGUUCGCUCGGCACCGCAUAAACCUUAUCUAAGCCGUUCAUGUUUUGCUUCCAUAGCAAGCUCAUCACCUGUGAAAUCUACGCAUGCUCAAAAAUUAGCCGUGGCUGACGAUCUGACAGAAUUGAAAUGGUUGAAUACGUUCAAAUUAAAAGAAUUUAAAGAUGAUUUCAACUCGAACGAGACGAAAGAUAAAGAUUCCAAUGAAACACUUCAGUCAUCAUCGCGGCAAUCUCAACCACAAGAGUCAAUUAAUAAUGAUGAAGAUCGUCUAGCGAAAUUAAUUAGCGAAUUGAAGUCCUACGAUCAUGAAAGUACAAAAAUUACAACGACAUCCUUGGGCAUACUCAUCUUUCUUGCACUCUACUCUAAACGUGACGAAAAACAACUCACAUGGUCUUUGACCAUCAAACAAUUGUACGAAUUUGCCCAACUCAACGCCAAACAAAUCACCAACAAACGCGGAUGGAAGAAUCUGUUGCGACAAGCAUUAUUGACCAUACCAUGUUUUGUAAAAACAAAACGUGACCUGUUGAAAUCUCGUUCACUUUGGACAAUUGAUCCGUAUUAUCGGCCAUUGUUAACGAAAGCUUAUCUCACGAUUCCGCCUUUGCAACCAUCAACAACAAACAAAACGUUGUCGGAAGCUGCAACUAAUCGACAUGAUGAUCAGUUGGAAGGUAAUCGCUCGUCACAAUCGAUUGUCAGUAAUUUUGCACCGAAAGCAACAGUGAAAACCAAAGUGCUUCCAAGACUUUAUGAACGUCUUUGUGAAGAAAAGGCCGAUGAAGAUGGUGAUGAAGCCGAUUCCAGUAAUCUUGGAAAACGCCAUCGAAGUUUAACAUUAGGUCGUAAACGUCCUCGUUCUUCAUCAUCACGUCAACGACCAUCUGGUAAAAACGAUAAUGGAAAACGUCGGUCAUCAACGUCUCCAUGGGCAUCAAAAAUACUCAAACGACACAAAAAUCGACAUCAUCGUUCUUCGGACGUUGAACCGAAAACAUCAACACCAAACAGAGGAGUGAAUGCUGAAGUUCGCUUACCGAUAACAUCGGCAAUUGUGACACCGUGUCCUAGCAUGGAUCACAACUAUCUCAUUCAUUCUGAAAAAGCAAAAAAUUCUGCACAAAAACAAUCUUCCAUUGAACGAACCAAAUCAAGUGGAUCUAUUGAAUACGACGAUCCAUCUUCUGAAGGGACUGAAGAAGACGAAGACGAAGCAGCAGACGACGACGACGACGACGACGAUGAUGAUGAUGAUGAUGAACGUGAUAGUAGUUCGAAUUUACGUUCAGGACGUAAAUCAAUCAUCACAACUCGUGCUCAAGCAGCAGCUCGUAAUCAUUCGAAACACCGUCGAAAGAGUUCACCACCAAAGAAGCGUUUAUCACUUCAAUUACCACCACAUCGUCCAAAUACACGAAUUAAUCGACGAAUCAUUGAACAUGAUCUUAAACUAUUACGUCAAGCGAAUGUGUUGCCACCACUCUCACCUCCAACGAAUCAACAACCACUCGAUCUUUCUUUGGGUCCGAAUCGUUCAUCUUCAUUCGAAGAUACAUAUGAAAAACCGAUUUCAAUCGAGAAUAAAGAAGAAAUUUUGCCGACAAAAGCAGCUCCCAUCGAAGAACGAAUUACGAAUCGAGACCAUCCAAUCUGGGGAGAGAAAGAAAAAUUUGAUCAGGUUCGUUCGUUCGUUUAA